GUAUCUGACACGCAGGUCAGAUCUACAACCACGUCUGACUUGCAUAAGGUGGGGUUGAAUUCUGCGCCAACUUGGACUACCACAGCCGCCUUGUGGCACACUGCAUGUACGAUCAAUUCGUGUUCAAUACACUGUGUGUGUCAAGCCGAUUGCAUACGAUAUGGUGUUUUUGUAUUGAGGUGAUGGCGUCAGCCGUAAGAUUGCCUCCCACAUUGGUCAUCAGUUCCCCGGGAAAGUAUAGACGAACGACCGGCCCCUCGCAAUCAGAUUUCACGCCGUGCAUUUCCAGUGUGGGAGUUCCCCAUCUCAGUUUGAGAAACCAGAAGGCCAUUCUGCGUCGUAUAACGGCUCGUUUCAAUCAUGGAGAAGCUGGACCAUAUCCUUCAAUCGCACGUCGUCGCGCCGGACGAAACGGAAGUGAAGAACAAGCUUCUAGCAGCCGGUCUGAUAUUGGUAGACAGGAAUGGCAUUCUCUACUCCAAUGCUGAGGGGAGGCUGGGCUUCGACGCAAACUCGCCAGCCUACACAACUGAUUCCAUGAGCUGGAUCGCCUCGAUGACGAAGCUCAUCACUGCUACGUGUGUGCUACAGCUUGUCGAACGGGGACUGGUAGGUAUAGACGAGGAUGUGCGUCCCAAGGUGCCACAGCUAGCAGCGAUGCAAAUCUUGAGGGGGUUCGACGACCAUGACCAGCCGAUACUGGAAGACAACACGAAGCCUAUCACUGUGCGCCAUCUUCUUUCCCACACGCUCGGCCUUGGCUACGACUUGGCCGACCCCGACUUAAACAAAUGGUCCGCCUCCGUCGGCCGAACAGACAACAACCUCCACUGGACUCUAGCUGGCUUCAUGACGCCUCUCAAGUUCGCGCCGGGCGAGGGUUGGUACUACGGUGCCGCCUACGACUGGGCCGGUCACCUCCUCACUAUCAUCACGGGGCAGCCGCUCUCGGUCUACAUGCAGAAGCACAUAUUUGACGCUCUGGGCAUGGAUUCCACGACCUUUUGGCCGAAGCAGAUCCUUGGCUCGGGAGACAGGAUGCUCCAGUUUGCGUUUAGGGAUGAUAGUCAGGAUGGCGACCCGAAGGUGCUUGAGCCCGGCCCCACACCGUUGCCAGAGGAGCACGAGAUGGAGUCUGGCGGUGCGGGAUUAUUCUCUACACCGGGCGAUUAUGCUAAGUUUCUUCAUGCCACACUGACGCAUAAACUCCUUAGCAAAGAGACGACGAAUUUGUUGUUCGAGCCGCAGCUUAAUGAGACGCAGCGGGGUAUGCUGGCCGCCAUUGCUGAUUGGGCACAUGAAGCGUUCACACCUGAGUUUCCCCUUGGGGUGAAGCUCGAUCACGGAUUGGGCGGGGUGAUUAAUGUUGAGGAUGUGGAAGGGAAGAGGCGAAGGGGCAGUAUGAUGUGGAGUGGCAUGUCGAAUGGGCGGUGGUGGAUUGAUCGGGAGACAGGGGUGGCUGCUGCCAUUUUUACUUGUGUUUUACCACAUGGAAAUAAGGUCUUGACGGAGAUAUGGGAUGAAGUUGAGAGGUUUGUCUAUGGGGAGUUGAUGAGAAAGUGAGAAAGGGCUAGGGGGUGAACACACCUGUGUGGGCUGGGUUGAAGUUGCAGGGGUAAAUAAGAUACGGGGAUGAGUGGUUGCCCCAAUUUUUGGUGCGCAGUCACCAAAGCGUUCUAGCAUUCUCAUCAUUGCCAUCAUUGUUCCAGAGAAGAAGUGGUUCGUACUCCUUGAACUCCCAAUUGAGCACAAAACCGUUAU